AAAUCUGCAACCACGGUAAACGUAUAUCCGGUUACUACCUAUUUCCUUUUCCGUUCAGCUAGUGUCCUUGUCCUUUCUCGGAAGUCUGGUUUGUGUGAAGAGACGAAACGAAGAGCAACAUGUUGAGGAAUUUAAUGACCCUCCGUCAGGUGUCCCAGAGAGCCAUCAGUAGCUCCACACGACGACCCCUUCUGAACAAAGUUCCAGACAAGCAGAAGAUCUUUCAGGAAGAUAAUGGCAUUCCUGUUUACCUAAAGGGAGGUUUUGGAGACAACCUUAUCUACAGAGGAACAAUGGUUCUUACUGUUUUGGGAACAGGUUAUGCCCUUUACGAACUGUUUCUAGCUUCAAUGCCGAAGAAGAAUUGAAUCAACCUUCCCUUGAAUCUAAUCAGAAUCUGUCCAAACUUCAGGGAUUGUUCUUGUCCUUGUCAUAACAAUCUUCGUGCAAUUUAGGGAACAAUAUUUAUUAAAAUGUACUGUAUAAACUGCAAAAAUUAAAGCGGUUUUACAUUA